UUCUGUCUGACAGGCAGGCGCGUUUUGAUUCUAGAGUGCAGAAAAUUGUGAUGUAAAAAGAGAAGAAUAAAUGUUUGUUGACCAUCAUGGCGAAUCCUAGGAAAUUUAGUGAAAAAAUAGCCCUCCAUAAUCAAAAGCAGGCUGAGGAAACGGCCGCUUUUGAAAAAAUUAUGCGUGAAGUUUCCGACGCAACCAAUAAGGUGAACACUAAUAGCCGUCGGGCAAAAGUGAAACCCCCCGAAACUGAGAUCAUUGAGAUCUUAGUGCCAACACAACAGGGCUUGGGAACUUUCCGGAGUGGCUCACUCCCUAAUGUCGCAGCACCCCAGCCUCCGACCACAGAGCCAGAAGUCAUUAAGCCCGAGGAAGCAACGCUAGCCACGCAGUAUGGCCUCGGCGGCAGAAGUGGGGGUACUUCGCCCACGCCCCGGUCCCCCGGACAGAGGGGCAGGGCCUCCUCCUCCGUGGGGCCGAUGCGGAGGCCGGCGGAUCGAAAGCACGACACGAGUCCGUAUGGAAGCAAUGUGUAUCUCAGCCCUCCACCAGACAGCAACUGGCGGCGGACGAACUCUGACUCGGCGCUACACCAGUCGUGUGGCAGCGAGCAGCAAGUGGUCGCGCAGCCACUGUCGCCGCACCACCCCAUGCAUUCCCACGCGCAUCCGCACCUGCAUCCGCAUCAGAACCACCGGCGAAGUGCAAAUAUGAAUCUCGACGUGUUGAACACGCUGGGAAUGAACCCGACCAACCGGCCGCGGUCAUCAUGCGAAAUACCAAGAAUACCUAACAAUAACAAUGUAUACGAGAGUGGAGGGGACGGCGGGGGAGGCGGCGGCGGCGGCGGACUGGCGUGCGGCGAGCUGCAGGUGCCGGGCGGCUCGCUGCCCGACCUCACCUCCGUGCACUUCCCCCCGCCGCACUACAUGCCGCACCGGACCUCGCCAGACUACCAUCAGCCCAGAUACGUACGUACCACUGCACUGUACACGAGAGCGGAGGGGACGGCGGGGGAGGCGGCGGCGAGCUGCCCGACCUCACCUCCGUGCACUUCCCCCCGUCGCACUACAUGCCGCACCGGACCUCGCCAGACUACCAUCAGCCCAGAUACGUACGUACACUGCACUGUACACGAGAGCGGAGGGGACGGCGGGGGAGGCGGCGGCGAGCUGCAGGUGCCGGGCGGCUCGCUGCCCGACCUCACCUCCGUGCACUUCCCCCCGCCGCACUACAUGCCGCACCGGACCUCGCCAGACUACCAUCAGCCCAGAUACAGUCCAACGUCGCCGGGUGCGUCGCCCGGGGGAGGCAGCGUGUCCCCCGCGACGGGAGGCCUGUCCCCCGCGUCAGGCUCCCCGGUGGGCGCCACGGUGCCGCUGGCCACCAUACACCACGACCACACUCUCUACGACACACAAAAUCACUUAUCUGUACCAAACACAAAUAAUUAUCUUCAUCAUAAUAAGAACAUGUCCUCACUAGACCACGGCUGGAUCACGUCGAGUCAGUACCAGUCGCACUGUAGUCCGCCGUCACAAUAUUCCUCUACGUCGAAUAUCAACAUACCUUCCCCAACAAUGGUGCACAGUCCGGGCAGUCCUGUGGAGUCGCCGCAAACAGACUACAACAACCUGCACCAAGCGCUACUACAACCGUUCGAGCAAAUCACAAUGCUGGAUUCACCCACGUCGAACUACAACACGACGUAUAUCAACCACAGUUCGCCGCACUCGCAGCAGACAACGAAUUCAACGCACACAUAUUCACAGGCUUAUCACAGUAAUGUGUCGUUGCAGUCGUCGCACGGCGGCCACAACAUGCACAGCGCCCACGGCGCGCACAUGGGCUACGCGCACACGCACCCGCACGCGGAGCACGCGCAGAGCGUGCCGGCGCCCGAGCCGCGGCGCGCGCGCGACCCCGUGGCGGGCGGCGGCGCCUACUCCGCGCUGCAGCCGCUCGCCUCGCCCUCGCACCCCGCCACGCCCGCCACGCCCGCCUCCAUACCCGACAUCAUACUCACAGAUUAUUCGGGUGAACUCGACCCGGGUAUAUUCGGUGGCGAGGAGGCGCAACUGCGCGCGGGCCUCGACCUCGACGAUCUGACGCUUCUAGAAGAGCCUAGCGCGCUGCUGCCCGACUCGUCGGUCGAACACGAGUUCCGACUCGAUCGGCUCGACCACUUGUAGUAGUGCGUGCCCCCCGUCGCGACCCCCCUCGGCCCCGCCGCGAGCCCUCGGACCCCGGGACAACGAGCCUGACGUAGGGCACGAGGCGUCGAGGUAAGCCUGACGCUGGACACAGGCGAUCCUGACGUGCACCUAACGCAAAGCAUCGUAGUGAGCUUGACUUAGGCCUCCUAGGUGAUUCAGCCGUAGGGCACCGAAGUGAUCGUGCCGACUUUAGCCUGGAAUGGCUCCGAGGUGAGCGCGACGACUCCCUAUACUUCAUGACAAUUUCUAUCGUUUCAAGUCUGAAUUAGUGGUUAUAAAGGACUCGGUGUAGCCGUCGCCGCUUCGUUUAGUUUAUCCAGAGGGGGUGGCAGUAAGUUGACCGGAGAUAGGCAUCAAGCUCCGCCACGUAGCUCAACUUACCAGGAGAAACUCUCUCUGACUCUCGUCUCGUCUGAAGAAGCCGAAAAAACAACAGAAGGAUGCUGAUGUCUGAAGAAGCUAAUAAAGCUAUAGUUUAAGGGUUUAUCCAAUAAAGCUUAGAGCAUUUCGAAACUUGGGCCAUAUGUUUACCUAUGUUUAGAACAACUAUAGUAUGAAAUUUGUCAUAAUACAACUAUAAUUUCAAAGUAAAAUAAACCUAAUGUCCCUCGAGUUAAAGUUGUACUUUGUUUACUGUUUUAUUAAACUUUUAUUUACGAAACCUUAAGUGACGUAUGAAGUUAAUAUAUGUGUAAAAGUGGAUUAGGUCAAUUUUACUCUGACAUUAUAUUGUUUCAUAUUUCAUUAUUGACUUUUUCAGAACACGAAAACUUUAUAUAUCCUUUUGCAAAUACAAAUGUAAAUUUGUUGGCCCGGGCUCUUUGGAUAAACCAUUUCCCCACACGAUAAAUAUAUCCUGCUGCAAACAAUUAAUAUGAAAGUCAUUGGAGAAAGAAGUUAAGAGCAAAACCAAUAGUGGCUACAGAAAAUGCGGACUGCGAUUAAUACAACGAGAGGACUUUUCCGUUUCUACCACAAACAAGAAGUUUACAAACUGUCUACUGAUCUAUAGUAAUGGAGAAAUGAAGUAAAGGCCAGCGCAUAUCUAGCGAAACGUGGCAUGGCACAUUUGAUACUAUUAAACUGUUAUUGGCAUUAUUAUAUUGCUUGUAAAAUACCACGUAGGUGUUAAUUAAUCUUUGACAUUAUUUCAACUCGGUUAAUAAUUGCUUCGUUGCUCCAGUGGUUAGCCUAUGUGGUUUCGGACGACGUCCUCUCUCGUCGAGAUCGAAUACUGGGUUAGUUCAUACGAUAUUUAGUUUUUCCUUCUAAAAAAAUUUCAGUUAAAAUUCUCUGCCCUGGAAGCUAUUCUGUAACGAUGUUUUGUAUAACUCGUAAGAGCUAGUUUCGAAUUCACCUCUAUCUUUCUCUUCCUAUAGUAUCGUGUUAGACAGAGAGAGAUAGAGGUGAAUUCGAAACUCGCACUAGCGAGUUAAACAAAACAUAGUUACAGAAUAACCCUGCUGAGUUGGGAUGUAACUGGUGAUACACCUCCGUGAGUGCGUAAAGCCUACCCGGUCAUUUUCAUUAAUUAACGUCUGAUAGUUGUCAAUGAAUUUACAGUAUCAUCCCAAGCCCGCCAACCGCAUUGGAGAAGGGUGGCUCUAAGUUUCAUAUCCACUCCUAUAAGAAGGGAGGCUGAUUCCUGUAUUAGACCGUUAAAAUAGGCUGAUAAUGUAAAAUAUCAAUAACAGUUUGAUAGAAACAUAUCACGUGGCGUCUCGCCAAAUAUGCGCCGGCCCUAAAAGACGAAGACAAAGAUAAGUGGGAGCGACGGCGGCGCGAUCGUCACACAUUCCCAAUGUAUGCGUGCGCGGACACUGUGUGAACGGUUACGAGUUGAACUGUAACAUGUUAAACUGUAACAUGUUGAACUGUCACAUGUUAAAUUGUAACAUGUUGAACUGUAACAUUAUGAGUGCAAGUGUUCAUUGUGGUUUUAAAUGUUUUACUUGUGUUUUUAAUUCGGCGGGAUAUAGUGGUACGUUGUAGAUUUUUAGAUUUUUCUAAAUGGUGAUCGACCGACUCGUCGACUCGAUUCGUGUACAGAUUAUAAUAAUAAUUAUUUUUUUUUUUAAAUAAGUAUUUGUGAAUAUGUACUCGAAUAUCAUCGGUGAAUUCAUUUCGGAUUGGAUACGAAAGUUUCCGCGGGCGAUCGCACCGGCAUUACCGAUCCUGUAAAUAUAACUCGAAAGUGUUCACUUUAUAAAGUUGCAUUUAAAUAUCGCUAAUGCUAGCCACACACGGUCCGACAUACCGUCAUGCCUGCAGCGCUGCCGGCAUGACAUUCGGUAAAACUCAUCGUAUGCUUGUCGCGAGAUGCAUGACGGCACGACUAUUACCGGACGUAAUUUCGGCAGCGCUGCAGGCAUGAUGGUGUAUCGGACCGUGGUUGGCUAGCUUCACGUCGCAUGCUAGUUUACAGCGAACGUGUCGUUUAAACAAUCGUUGACGCGAUUGGAUUUUUUCUAAAAAAAACGUUUUUUAAUAAUAAUAAUAUCUCUCUCGACUUUUUUAUAUUCACUGUCGUCUUUCAGCGAUUGCUCAAGCGUUGACUGAAACUUUAUCCGAAUAAUUCUUACCCCUAGAUAGUUCCACGUUUUACCACAAUUUUUAAUAAUAAAAUAUUCGUCAGCACACGCUUACCUUACUUGGCAUGUCGAAUGCUCCGUGUUUUGUAUAUUGUAUUCCAAUUUAAUGUCUUUGUAAAGGUGCCUUUCCACUAGAACGAAGGUGGAGAAAUAUAACUUUAGAACUUUGCCAUCCAGCAUGCUAGCAAAACGCAAAAAAACCUAAAUUACUUAAGUAGUAAUAAAUAGGUGGCAUUGCUAUCUAUACAUGAAUUUAGUUCUCUUAUUUAGGACUCAGCAAAUUAUACUUUUUUCAUUAAUUUAUUUACUAUGCAAUACAAAUUGCGUUUUAUUGAGAUUUAGCGGUGUUGUAAACUUGUAAAAUAAAUCAAAAAAGGCUUUUCGCAUAUUUAAUAUUAUUGUGAUAAAUUAAUUCAAUAAAGCCAAAAUUAAUGUAUUCUCAAUUAAUCUCUUGAAGUUACGAGAUUUUUGAAAAUUGCUAACUGCACCGAUGAUCGGUUCCAAAGAUUUAAUUUCCAUAAAUUCAACUCAUCUAACGCAAGAAUGAGCAAUGUGUAGGCACUAUUAAAACUUAUUAAAAUAAGGAAAGAAACGUAUACGUGGAAAGACAUCUUUAGAUUUGUAAAUAAAGAGCUGUUAAUGAAAAAUUUACUACGCUUUUGUCGCAAAACAUAUCUGUGUAAAUGCGUGCGCGUGGUUGCGAGGCUGGGAUUGGUCAAUUUUAUCGAUGACGUAACAUUCGGCGUCUGUAAUUGGUUACAUUUUGACAAUGUAUACAAAUUCUGUUUUAAAUAAUAUAAAAGACCAAGAGCUUGCAUAGCCAGACACACCUCAUUUCAUAAAGGUAGAAAGUUUGUCAGCCCAUGCUCCUGCUAUAGGUAAGUAUAGUCGGAUGCAAUAUUUAUGACGUCUGCGAAAUUAGCUGCGGCCUUUACGCGUAGGUCAUACGUCAUGCCGCGUGAGGCGACGCCGCCCUCCUACGUUGCCGCUGACACCUAAAAUCUUGUAUUGCUCGCCUAAAAUCUUGUAUUUUACGCACGAUGUUCUAAAACGUCAUAAAGAUUGCUUCUUACAGUAUCCAAUUAUGUAGUUUGAACUGUGGUGGCUUUGGAAGGUUUUAAGCCUCCAGCUCUUCAAUUAUCCAAGUAUAAAACGAAAUUUUGCUUUUUUCUACAGAAUAUCAUGACAAAUCAAUUCUAUGGUCGCCAGAUCAUUAGCGUCGUGGCCACUGAAGUCUUAAAAUUCGGUCCUUUUCGAAGGGUUGCGGUUCUAAGGGAUUGGUGACGUAUUUUUCAUAUUAUGCUGAGGAAAAUAUAAAAAAAAAAAAUACGCUUACAACUUGGACGGUUGAGGACCCUUGAGACCUGCUAUCUUCCAAAGCCAGCACAUUCCAAACUCUAUAAUUGGCUACGUAUGGUAGCCAAUUAUAUACUCGAAAUUUACUUAGAUGACUUUUUUACACAACAAUAAUGGCCGACUAUGAAUCAAAGACAAUCAGUAGGGUUGAGAAGUUAACGGCGGGCAUCGGAACGAUAUCAAGUAGGUAUCGUUAUAACUGAAAUACCUAAACUAAAACAUCCGUUACUAUACUACGUUAUCUUAAAAGGGAACGUAUAGUAACGUUUGUCGGUUGUGUGCAUUUUAAGAAAUUAAAUAUCACGUGUCACAAACGGUGAACGGUGCACGGUUUAUGCCUAUGGGUACGCGUGGUUAAGAAAUGGGGUAAUCUUUUUUUAUUAUUAUUAUAAAUAUACUUAAACAAUACACAUCACUAUCUAGCCCCAAAGUAAGCAUACAGAGUAGCUUGUGUUAUGGGUGCUAAGAUAGUUGAUAUUAUAGUAUUAAUAUACAAUUAUAUACUACAUAUAAAUACUUAUAUACACUCAUGCUCAUCACACAAAUAUUUUCCAGUUGUGGGAAUCGAACCCACAGCCGUGGAUGCAAAAAGCAGGGUCACUACCCACUGCGCCACGCGGCCGUCUCUUUCUUUAAUCUUUUGGGGACGUACUAACGUCCAAGAUUUGCUUAUACUUCAAAAAAGUGUGCACGUACCCACGUACAUACUGGGUGUAAGGGACAUGAUACCGAAAACUGCGUGAAGAGGUUAAAUUUAGUUUCCACAACGAUAUUUUAAAUAACAAUUACGUGGGAAAUGAGAAAAUUCAGAUUUUGAAAAUUUUGAGCACGCAAUGUACAGCUAACAAUGCGAUAACAACGCUCCGCAAUCUACUGUGUACGUACGAGUAGGUACGUACGCAUCGACAGCAAAUCGGCUGGCUACACUUACCUAUCUAAUACCUAUUUUUUAUACUUUACAAGUUUUUAACUAGGUACAGGUAAUUAACUUACUUCAGGUUGUUUCUCGUUUACGAGACGUUCUGUCGUCAUAGUAGGUACAAUAUUCAUGAGUACUGAAUUGAUUUGAUCUAAGCAUUUCAAGACUUCUCAGUCAACACACACAAACACACACAAUACAAACGACACAAUUGUAUGAGUAUUCGUUACAGAAAAUCACUACUAACAUAACAUAGAACAUACACAAAGGUUUUUGAAUUUUGGUUUGUUUGUCAACAGACCGCCGAACACGAACUAAAGAAAAAAUAGCGUAGCGUCUAGCGAAAGGACCUAAAGUUUCAAUAUUUUGAAAAUACCUAUUAACCACGCCGCGCGGCUUAGGUUAGAGAGAGAUAGCAAUUAUUUUCCUCGGCACCGGCGGCGGUCGGCAAUACAACGUCGCGCAGUUUGUUUGUGACUUUGUAUAGAUAGAUACCUAUUAGUCGUGACCUGCCUAUUUGACCUCUUGGAAAACAGCUGAUCGCGCGCAUUUUGCAAAUUAAAUUUACAUUGCUAGUUUUUGUUAAAAUUUUGAUUUGACGAUUUUUAUUAAAAAUCGUAUUGAGAUAAUGUUAUCCAUACCAGUGUUUGAAUAAUGCUACUAUUCGUAAGAUAUCUUUUACGCUAUAGAAUAACGUGAGCAUAUGUAUUGUAUAACAUUUUUAUUAAAAAACUAUUUUUUAAAAUAAAAUGAUUAUAAAAUAUUUCAUUUUCCCAUCUUUAAACUAACAACAUAUCAAUUAUUAAAGAAUCAUUCAUUAUCAUUUAUCGAUAAGUUAACGCUCGAUGUUAUUUACCCAUCCUUGCUUUUCAUAGACAAUCUAGCGUUACGAAAUGUCAAAUUGCCGUAAUCGUAGUUAAGCUGUGCAAAUUAAUCUUGUUGUGAUUUUGUUUUUCAGAAAAUAAAUGUGAAUAAAUCGUAAAUUCGGUGUAGUUUUUGGUGUAAUUCGUACUGUAUGCGUAUAAUAAAGGAUUUAGACACUUUGUUCUUUAGAAAUUACGUAUAACGUAAGUGAAAUAUGUGAUUUUAGUGACAAGACGGGUUUGUUUUGGUGAUAGGACUUCUAAGAAAAUUUUUGGUAUAGAGUUAUUACUUAUGGUAGGAGGGUAGUUUGAAAAGCCUUCCUACAAUGAGAUAUGUCUGGCAGGCUCUUUGUCUGUAAUUGUUUAUAGGAUGUUGACGAAUAUUUGCAUUUUCACAGUAGUAGAACUACAUCUGAUGUUGAAAAUUUAUAGUUAUUAAGUUUCGAAAUAUUUAGUUGUAAGUAAUCAAUGUUCUCGCAAUGUCCAUUCGUGUCGCUUUGUCUAAGAUCCGUAUUAGAAACGACCUUCACCCAUCGACCAAAAAAUUUAUAUUUAGUACGUCAAAAAAUAUUUUGCGCGUAGGUUGCCUAAAAUUUCCUGGCCAUUAUUAUUAAUAAUAAUAAAAAACUUUAUUGCCAUACUUUAUACUAGGCGUACACAAUUCAAUUUCAAUUGUACAAAAUAACUAUAAAACUAAAAGAAAAACAAAGCGAUUUACUACUCGCCUACCUAGUAACAUGGCAACUGGCCAGUAGUGAUAGUUUGGCCAGGAGUUUUUGAAGCAACCUACUCACAACAUAUUAUUUAACAUCCUAAUUUUGAUAUAAAACACUUUUCAUCUAUUAAACAGAUGGGUGAAGGUCGUUUCUAAUUCGAAUCUUAUACUAGCUGGGACGGAGUUUUUCUUAAAACAUUUGUAUAAAUUAUAUAUUAAUAUUGUGAAAUAUUGCGAGUACUUUGAUGGUAUAGUUACGUGUUUUCUUUCUUUUGUUAAUGCUCAUUUUAUUAUGUUUUAAGAGUCUAGUCAUCAAGUUAUAUGAGUUUCAAAGGAAAUAGAACCUGUUUAGCGCCUCUGUUGGGAUCGAAAAUGUUCAGUUAUAUGCAGAUUUUAUUUGUCUCUGGACAGUGGUUUAAAUAUCUGAGAUGUUUGCGUUGUAAAUGUUUGGGUUUGAUUAUGUUUACAGGAUUUCGUUUUUCUGUGAAAUAUUGAAAUACUGUAUCUUUAAAAACUUAUAUUAAAAAUUCUGGAAAAAAACUUUAUGUUAUCAAUAAAACAAAUGGUAAUUUUGUAUGGUUAGAUGGUAAUCCACCAGUUCAGUUCAAUUAAUCUAAUGAGUUGACAUCUAAGAAAUAUCUUAUUGAUGAUACUUAGUACAGUCGUCGAGUAUCCACCAAAGAAAAAGAAAAGAAAGAAAAGGAAAAAGAGAACCAUCUGAAAAUCCCAAUUGAUGAACAAUCGAAAAUAUAGAUAUAAAGAAGAGUAAAAUUCAAAUAAAUAUAAUGGAUUUUUUUAAACAAUCAAAACCCAAGCAUUUAUGAGUGAACAAACAGCCACAUUUUCAAAAAAAAAAGCCAAAUCGUUGAAAUAUUUUAUCGUUCAAGAAUUUUGUUCAAUUAUUGAAGAUUUUAUAAACUAAAAGAGUAUAUCUGUUAUAACGCAAACAUAUUAUUUCAGUUAAUACAGAAUUCUCUAUGAAGUUUUAAUAAACGUUAUUGCAAUGUAACAGUAAAAAAACAAUAAAUAAGUAUUACGAUUUAAAUUAUGUACUUCGGCAAGUUUAUAUUAGAUGCUAUUUAUUCAUAAAACUAAUAUUUAAAUUUCCCGUAAGAAAAUGCGUAGAUUCAGAUGAAUGUGUGGUGUGAACAUACAUAAAAAAACAUACUCAUCAACUUGAGACCUCCUUUUUUAAGUCGGUUAAAAAUAAGAAAUUAUUGUAUCUAGUAUACAAUAUUUUUUUUUUAACCGUCCGCCAUUAAACCUCUUUUAUCCAGCCCUUACAGGAGUAUCGCUGUUAAAAUGGAGUAACUUCUCCCGUUUUCUCAACAUUUCCCUUCACUGCUCUGCUCCUAUUGAUCGUAGCGUGGUUAAAAGUAUACUAUAACCUGCCCCGGAGUAUGAAGAAUAAUUGUACCAAGUUUCGUUAAAAUCCGUCUAAUAGUUUUUGUUUCUAUAACGAACAUAGAAACAGACAGACAAGACGAAAAUUUUACUGAUUGCAUUUUUGGCAUCAGUAUCGAUCACUAAUCGCCCCCUGAUAGUUAUUUUGGAACAUGUACAGAAUUGACCUCUCUACAGAUUUAUUAUAAGUAGGUAUAGAAUGGCAAUAAAGUUGAGGAAUAAAAGGUUAGCUUGGUAUGGGCAUGCGAUGCAGAGGUAUGAAAGUCAUAUUACCAGAAAGAUGUUGAAAUCGCAAGUGGAACGGACACACGAGGAGAAGGAAGGCCAAAGAAAAAGUAAUUGGAAUAUGCGAAGAGGAUAUGUGUGUAAAGAGCAGUGGCGUAGCGUGCUUUGGAGGGGCCCUAUUUCAAAAAUAGUUGGGGGGCCCAAUAUAUGAACGGCAAAUCCCGAAAAUUCUCUUUAGAUUUUCGAUUUACCCUAAAACAUUUUGGGUCCAAUUUCAUUUUGUGGUGGAACACAGUGAAAUUAGUACCAAAAUGUUUGUUGUAACAUACGUUGCAAAAUGUAUUAGAUUUCUUUUUUGUUCGAGUGAUGAAACAUUAAAGUAAACAAAGAAAAUGCCUACAUUUUUAUUUUUCGUAUUAAAUGAAAUGUUUAACCUGGAAAAAAUAUUGCUUUAAUGAUUUUAGUAAUUACUGAAGGGAAACUUUUUAGGCACUUGUAUAAGUGUUUUUUUUUCGGAAAGCAACAGAUUAAGUGAAAUUGUUGAAUAUAUUUUACUAUUUUUUGGUUUCACAGCGUAAAGGACCCCUGUAGUUCAGAUUCAUUGAUACGGUUGACACUGCGGUAGCUACGCACCUAGUAAAGUAGAUGAUAUGAUGGUUGACGAAUUAUAGAAGUGAAUGGAAGAUAUUGACAAAUUUGUCGGACCCCAUAUAAAAAUGGUAUAAGGAACAGCAGUUUGGAUAUCAAAACAAAAACUUGGAUUGUCGAAUACAUAAUUUAAAUCGUAGCAAUAUAUGUUAAAUGGCAUAACGUUACUUUAAAUUAAUGUUAAUUUUGCUCAGCAAAUUAAUUAUUGGUUCCUUAUUUUGUACGUGAACUAAGAAAAUAUAAAAAUAUAUCACUAUUAUUUUUGUAAAUGUUUCUAUGACCGAUAUAUAAUAUUAAAUUGUUACAAUUGUGUUGUGUUAUUAGCGAUUAUAUAUAUAUAUAUAUAUAUAUAUAUAUAUAUAUAUUGCGCACACAAAAAAUACCAAAACAGACGGAAAAGCGUAUAUUAUCUAUAUAUUAUUAUUGUGUUAGGACGAAAUUUUAUUCUUCUGGACAUGAUUUACUUGUUAAGUGUAUAUUUGUUACAAUAUUGCCUACAAUGUUGGUAUAUUUUGAAUAUUAUUUUAUAUUCCACCUCUAGAGUGUACUGUAUGACAGAUGUAGAAUGUAUAAUUGUACUAUAUUAUGUGAUAAAGGAGAUAAGCACAAGAUAAAUCAUAGUGAAGCCUAAUGAUGUGUAAGUUUUUAUUUCUUUACUUUAUAAAUAACAAUCCGAAGACAUUUUCCUUAAGUGUGUUGUGUAGUCCAAAUUUUGAGUCGUAAAUUUGCAAUCGAUUGAUUUAAAACGAUUAAAAAUUAAAUAGAAGCCAAUUUAAUUAUCAAAAUUAGUUCCGGUAUAUAUAAAUAAAGAAAUCUAGUGGUAUAGUUUGGUCGAAAAUGGUACAAUGAUGUGUUCAAGAAUAAAUGUUUUAAAGUAAAAUGUAUCUAAUUUACCGCAGGUCAGUAUCAGAAUUACAAAAUAACUCAACAUAUAUAUUUUCUGAUUUAAUAUUACUGUUAUAUUUGUACUUAUAUUUUAUUUUAUAUAUGUAUUAUUUUAUUUUAUGUAUCUAUUUUCUGAUUUAAUAUUACUAAUUAUUACCUAUAUUUGUAAUUCCGAACGCGGUGCUACCCGUAUCUGUUCAUAUUUCUACAAGUAUGAACUUUGAGUUUUAACUGGAGCAAUUAAUUAAUUAAUAAAUUAUUUUAUUCAGCAGUUGUUACUCGUAUAACUGUUCAAAACUGAUGAGUUGAUUUUUCUUUAAGAUAUUUAUUAAGUUUAUUGUCAACAUUAACUAAAAAUAUACCAAUUUAUGACAAAACAUUAAUGAAUUAAAAUGUUGAUGUAUCAUCCUGCUUAUUUCCGGAUAUGGAUACGAACAGAAUGACUAAGUGUUUUCAAUAUAUUAUUUACGUUUAAACGUACACAGAAACAGACGUAGCAGGGGCGAGGGGGAUUAAUUGCGUUAAAAAAAUCAAUUAAGAUUCGCAGAGAAGAGAAAAGAUUUACAUGUAUAGUACUGCAUGUAUUAUUAUCUAUAGUUUGGCAAGUUCGUUGAUGACACUCCCAUGAUAUGCGGGCGACGGGGGGAAAGGACUGCGCGGGUGUGAAGUGGAGCGCGCGGGGCAUCGCUACCCUCCCGGCCCACGCGGACCAUCGGGAGUGUUACGAACGAAUUUGCCAAGCUAUAAGUACAUUCCUUUUAUUUUAUUUUCUUAAACUCCCUCCCAUACUGUACCAAUCCCUGGUUACGCCUAUUUAAACGCAUGUGAAACAUAAAUGUAAUUUUGAUGCUAACUGUUUGGUAAAAAUAAUGCAUAUGUUGUACCCGAUAUAUACAACUUGAAACUAUCCACAGAUCUGUAAGCGUUAUCCAUUUUCAAGAGUAACAUUGUGAACUGUUACACUAAUCAGGUUUAUAUAACAGAUUUGUUUAUGAUACCCAUAAAUUUAUUUAUUGGUUUAAUUUAAAGGCAUUACCGGAUUUUACUAGCGUCUGUUCUAAGUUUCUAUAACUUUGUGCGAAGCUUUUACCAAGUAUGUUUCGUAUUAGCGAACGUUAGUGUCUGUCUGGUUAUAAAUCAAAAAAUCAACGAGACAUUUAUCUAUGUGAUUUGUAUUUCUAUAUAUAAAAUCUUUUAUCUAUCGUACCGUACGAUCUAUUUUUAUGACAUUUAAAUGUAAGACAUGAAUGUUUCUCCUCAAAUAUGCACAAACUUAAUGAAUUUGCAGUUGAUGUUUCUGUGGUUUGUUUUAUUUAAACCAAAUAAAUGUACAUAAUAAGUGUGAUAGAGAUGCAACGGUCUCAUUAAAAUAAAAAUUGUCGUAAGCA